UGGCCAUACGUAAAAUUAGCCAUAAUUGUGGCACAACAAGCGAAGAAGAAAAGAUGGAGGAAGGUGGUGUACUGUAAAGAGCAUACGGGAUCGUAGGCCCACCAGCAACAAUGGCGCUCCUCUCCUGAAAAGGACCUCUUAAUCAAUCGCUAGAAAGAGAAAAGAAGCACAGAAGAAACACAAAAGGGAAAAGGAAAAUAAUUUAUCAGUUUAGUAACCGCAGAAUUGUUGCUAGAAGAAGAAGGACAAGACUGAGCAGAGGCACGGCAGAAGGGAAAACUUGUUGUUGAGUGAUUCAUGGCGCUCAAACGGUCAGAGAGCGAACUGAAGCUCUUUCCGCUUCACCCUGAGAACCUCGUCAACCACCCCUGUAGGGAGACGGAGGACAAGGACAUCGCCGGAAACGUGGCGUGGUUCCUCGACUCCGAGGGUGACGCCACCAUGAACGGCCUCCUCGGCAGCAGCUCCACCUCCGACGAUGAUCCCUCGCCGACCGCCUUCCCGGACUACAGCAGAGGGCUGGACGACAACUCCGACGGCUACGGAGCCCUCGCCCUCACGGCCCUUCGCCAGCGGGGCCGGGUGGUGGAGGAGCCGGAGCAGUGGGUGUUCUUCCCCAGGGUGGUAGUAGAGGAAGAGGCUUGCAGCAGCAACAGCAGCGGUGGCGGCGGCGGCAGAUUCUGGUGCUCCCCCGUGGAAGACCACCACCACCAUCAGGAGCAUCAGCAUCAGCAAGGGCUGUCGCUGAAGUUGGACUACGAGGAGGUACUGAACGCGUGGUCUGAUAAAGGGUCGCUCUACAUCGAGGGGGAGUGCCCUCAGACCGUCCCUCGCCAUGACGAUGAUUCUCAGACGCCCGAUCUCACCAACGUGGGGAGCUUGGAAAUGGCAUGCGGGAGAAAUGCGGCGGCGACAUGGAUGAUGGUGCCUGACGGUGGCGGCGGGAGCUGUGGAUCGACUGCAGAGGAAGGUGGGGAAGGCAAAUUGGGUAGCAGGGAGGCUCGCGUGCUGAGGUACAAGGAGAAGAGGCAGAGCAGGCUUUUCUCCAAGAGGAUCCGUUAUGAGGUUAGAAAACUCAACGCAGAAAAGCGACCACGCAUGAAGGGUCGAUUUGUGAAGAGGAUGGAGAAAUUCUCUACUUAAUGCUUUUCAUUUUUAUCUGGUCUGAUAAACAGAUCAUGGUUGUCAAUUAGCUGCUCCCUGAUUAUUUGUAAUUAUGAUUAUAAGGGUAGCCGAUUAGAUCGCACCCCAAUAAAUAUAGUCGAAGGAAAUCCAGUGUCAUCAUUCCGUUGUAUGAAUCAUUGAAAAGAAUGUGCAUCUAUUUUAUAAGGCGAGACUUGCUUUGAUGUAGAAUUAGAACAAUAUUAAGCUUUUGAGAGGUAAUCUCUGGCAUUUAUCUUGUGGAAGAUGUGUUGUUGACAAGAGUUUCCUUCUAUGUUUGGACUAGAGGUGAAGAAGAUCCAAGCAAAUUGUAAACACUGCAGUCAUCAUUCAGUACAAAUUCAAUUAUGUGUCUUGAUUCA